AUGGAGUAUUUCGAAAGCAGCUCAUCAUCAUCAUCAUUAAAACCGAAUCAUGUAUAUAUAAGCUUUCGAGGCGAAGAUACACGGAGAUUCAUCCAUAGCCUUUCUGCUGCUCUUAAAGCACAAGGUUUCAGAAUCUUCGGCGAUGAUAAGAGGCUUGAAAUGGCAGAUUCCAAUCUUCCAAGCCACCUUCUCCGAGCAAUGAGAGAAUCCUGGAUUUGGAUCUUUGUCCUCUCCAAAAACUAUGCUUCUUCAUCUUGGUGUUUGAAGGAGCUGUCGCAGGUUGUUGGGCCCCUCAUUCUUUGUCGGAAGGAAUACCUCGGCAAACAAAAGUACGAUAGGAGCAAGCCGCCGGGACAUACAUUCUAUGUUAAUAGAUCAGAAGAAAGGUUCGAAGAAAACCUGGACAGGGUGAUGAAAAGAUGGAGGCAACAUAUGAAACAACUGGGCAAUCUUUGGGGACGUUGGAAUAAUACAGGACGAGAUAGGAUCAUUCCAGUUUUUUACGAUGUAGAUUCAAAAUCCUUUACUCAACAUAUUCAAGAAAGCUUCUCAGGAAAUUUAUCCGAAGAAGCUCUGCAAAAAGUGACCAAUCUUUCCGGCUGGGAUGUACCAAAUGAAAAAUGGGCUGUGCACUGUGGCACAUGGCACAGAGACGCUCCUUGCUUCAAUGGUCAUCCAUGCAUCAUGAUGCUCCCUAAGUUGAGAAAAAUGAAUCUCAGUGGCUCCAAAAGUUUGAUCAAGUCGCCAGAUUUUGGAGAAGUUCAAAAUCUUGAAAGACUUGACCUUGAAGGUUGCACUGGACUAUUGGAAUUGGAUCCAUCUAUUGCCAAACUUUCAAAGCUGAAGUCCUUGAAUUUGAGAAAUUGCGUCAAUCUCAUUAGUAUUCCCAAUCAUCUAUUUGCUCUAAACUCAUUAGAAAUUCUAAAUCUGGCUGGCUGCUCAAAACUUGCACAUUGCUUGAAUUUUUCUCCUUUGAAGAGCUCGAUAGAAGUGAAACUGCUUGGCAUUUGGUCUAAUCCUUUCUUAGAGAACUUUCUAUAUUUUCUUUUGUUUGUUUUAGCAGAACAAAAAACUUAUCGUAGGCUUGUUCGUUGCUGUCUAAUUUACUUAUGUGCAUUUGUGAGGUCAAUUAUGCAUAAAGCAUAAGUCAUGAAUCUUGAGAGAUUUAUAUUGAAAGUCUGUGCAAAUGUAUUUGGUACAUUUGGGAAUGA